AUUCACCGCGCUGUCCCGGAGCCGUUGCCAUGUUAGAGCAGUAUGGGGGAGUUUCCCGCAGAAUGCGCCGUUACACAGCAUGAAAACUUUUCGCUCUGCUCGUUAGUUCGCUGUUUUCACUCUGUCUUCUGCUAUAGGAAACGUCUGUGUUUGUUUACAAACCAUUUAUAACGAAUAUCCCCAUCCAGCGAGUGUGUUAAUAGGCAGGAAGAUGAAGAAAACUGCGUUCUGUGGUCCAUUUCUUCAGCAAACUUCAGCCGCGGUAACGUCAGGUCUGUGCAAAACGGUCAAGACGGCUUGUUUUCUCCAGUCUACAGAUUAAAGUGUGACCGGUGCUAAUCGCUGCAGUCUGCGGGAAUGAGGGAGCAGAGCUAGAGGCCUAACUCUGCACCGCCUGUGUCAGGAUGGAGCUGAAGGUUUGGGUGGAUGGAAUCCAACGAGUAGUCUGCGGAGUCACAGAGGCUACCACCUGUCAGGAAGUGGUCAUUGCACUAGCUCAGGCAAUAGGCCGCACUGGACGCUACACACUUAUCGAGAAAUGGAGAGAUUCUGAGCGACACUUGGCUCCUCAUGAGAGCCCUGUGGCCUCGUUAAACACUUGGGGUCAGUAUGCUGGCGAUGUUCAGUUCAUUCUGCACCGCACUGGCCCUUCCCUGACAGAGCGCCCUCCAUCUGAGGGGCCCCCUGUCUCCCGGGGCCCUGAGCGUGGCCUGCACCGCCAGAGUCUCCCUAUUAUGGCUAAGCUCCGAGCCCAGGGUGAGCGAUCUCUUCGCCGUCGUGAACCACGCCGUAAAUCCCUUACUUUUACUGGGGCGCCACGUGGCCUUAGAGACAUACUUAAUGGAACCAGAACCGUAGACAGAGACUCCAAGCGCUGUGUUGUUCUGAUGAACAGUGCCCCCCAAAGCCUGUCCACAUCCCCACGGCUACCUUCCAGUCGUGUGGAAGAGUUGACCCGCCUUGUGAGGCUGCAGAGGGAAUCUCUGAAUGUUCUGGAGCGCCGAACAGAAGCAUGCGAUGCAGAGCUGCAUGUAUGGAGCCAAAAGAGAUCAAGCAAUGAGGACUCCUGGGCAGUCAUGACUGAGGAGAUGGUGCGGCUAGAGCAGCAGCUGUGUAGGAACCAGGUGGAGGUGGAGGAGGAGGAGUUUUGGGCCAGCGAGCUACAGAUUGAGCUUGAGAGUGAGAGGCAGCUGGAGGAGCGGUUGCAGGAGGUGCACACUCGGCUUCGAGCCUGCGAGACUGAGCUGGAGCAGAGGCUGACCCGUCUGCAUGGUGUGGAAGCAGGGCUGGAGGCCCAGCGGCAGCAGGAGCAGACAAGGGAGAACCAGCUGUGGAGUGAAGGAGAAGUGAAGGCCAGGCUAGAGACCAUGAAGGCUGAAAUCAAGGCUCAGGCUCAGCACACAGCACAGCUGGAAAACAGCUGCAGAGCUGUGGAGAGGUCACUGAGUCAGUCUAGUAAGAGACUACAGGAGAGUCAGUUUGAGCUUGAACAGCUAACUAAAGAGCUGAGGCAGGUAAAUCUUCAGCAGUUCAUCCAGCAGACUGGCACUAAAGUGACCGUGCUGCCUGUGGAGCCCAGUGACGUGGAGGCCAGCGUCCCCCCUGUGCCUAAGGAAUCAGCACUGACUGGUUCACUGAAGCGCCCAGGCCCAUCUCAUGCUUUGGGAGUUAACCUGCGGGUGCUACACAGUCCCAUCACCUCAGCCCUCAACCCUGAGGGCAUCUAUGUCUGAGGAACAAAGGAACACCUGCAACAACCUUUACACAUCCACUGAAAAAACAGUUUUUCAUCAAGUUCAUAUGAUUUCAUAAAAACACUGAGUGAUGUAUCAUGAAGUAGUCAUAGGAAGUGACUUGUUGGUUAUGGCUAGUAUUUAUGUUUGUCUUUGCAAUGUUGGACAGCCAAUGGAACAACAGUAAGAGGCAUGAAAGAGCAAUGAAGCUAAUACAUUAUUUUAGUGACAAUAAACUGGAAAUAUACCUCAACCUAAGACCCAUCUUUUAGCUGUAAUUUCUGCUAUUAACUCCGAAGAAUGCUGAUAAAAGAAUGUUUAUUUCCUAUAUGGAAACUGUGGAGUAAUGGGCCUAUAUGAGGAAGGACAUAAUAUGGAUGAGUUAUUUCAGAAAUGUGAAUAUAUUUUUGCAAAGCUGUUUAAUUGUUAAUUCAUCUAUAAAGUGAAUUGUUCACAUAAGCAACAUGACACAUGCACCUUUCUGUCUUUACUGUGGCAUCAUAUUUUAUGCUGCCAUUUAUAUUUUGCCACAGUUGGUAUUAUUUCUUUGCAUACUCCACAUUUAGAUUUUUUUAGCGAUGUUGAGCCAAAGAUGCCUGCUAAUAUGUAUAUUUUUGGUAGCCAUAAUCCAACUGCUUGGAUGCAGUUUUAUAGCAAUACAUCUCUGGCUAUAUAAUUAGCUAAUUUUCAUUAUGUUUACCCUUUAGGUUUUACUAAUAUAUAGCUUAUGCAAGACAAUUUGCCAUGCACAUGUGUAAAACUGAGCUUUGCAGAAAACUUUACAGUAUUACAGUAUAUUAUGCUUGACAAAUCAUAGAUUGGGCUCUGUCAAUUAACCAGUUUAUUACUGUUAUAAUUGUAACCAGUGCCUUAAGUCUUUAAUGAAGCAUUAAUGCGAUCAAAUCUAGAUCAAAAUGGGGAGCUCCCAAGUUUGUUUAUAUGUGAAAUAGAUGGUGAUGGUGAACUAACAUGCAAAUUAUUUUGUAUAAAAGCCACUUUGGCUGUGUUUGAAAUCCCUGGUUUGUUUACUCAUUUAUUUUAUUUUCUUUGUCCAUACUGCUACACACAUCACUGAAUGGGGGAUAAGUGUGUAAAUCAUAGCAUCAACCAGUUUCAGAAACUUUAGGCAUGCUAGCAUAAUGUUUUAUGUAAAAGAAUGAAGGCUCAAUACUCUUUGGUGCCAUGUUUUUUUAAAAGGCAUUGUAUAUAAAAUAUAAAUCAAACAUGUACUGUAAAUGUUAAACUAUAUGAACGAGAUAGAAGUUUAGCUUGGGCAGCAGUGUUCUCCACUAUAAGUUGGUGCAUGAAAGUAAUGGGGGUUUCAGACACAGCCAUCAUAUCUUUUUGCUCACUGCUGUGUUUUAUGCAUUUUCUGCUUGUGAACAGUGUAAAUUUUUAGUUUCUUUAUUUUUUUUCUACUUUGAAACUAUUUUAAUAAAGUGGUAAUGCCAUGCAUAUGUAAAUUAUACAUAUUGCUUAUAAAGCUCUUUCUGUUUUAUUGCACUGCAAUUCAACAUUAAAAUCAAAUUAACACAAA